UUCGAAUCUCAUUGUUUUCUGUUCUGUUCUUGCGGCAAGCCCGACUGCUUUUCCCCUGCAUUUCUACAGCCUUUAUUAGUUUUAUUGUCUUCUCCUAGUAGGCACAUCCGCGAUGUUGUCGAAGAUCUUCAGACAUGCCGUCCUGGCAUCCUCUAUUUUCCACGGGCUGUCCGGCGCACAGAGCCAAAGCAAUAUCAUCCCUCAAGACCUACAGGCGGGCUUCGCGCGCAGCAGCGACGAGCUGCAAGUUUCGUAUACGGGGGAUGCGGUUAACGGAUUCGCGGAUGGGACGGUUUUUGAGAAGGAUGGUAAGUGCCUUUGUCUUACCUUCGAUCCCCUUCUUGCCCUUGUCCAAAAGACGUUCAGAGCAUGAUCUGGAAUCACGCAUGAUACUAACUUUGCCCCAGCCGUGGCGAAACUCCCCGAAUUCGCUCUGGGUGACGCUGCCGGCAUCUCUUCUCAACGUCGCUACACCGUUAUCAUGCUGGACACCACCUGCGCCUCUUCUCCACGCUUGCACUACGCCCGCGCAAACUUCCGCUACAAUUUCGAAAUCGUGAAGAUCGAAUCGCAAACCACUCCUGCGCUGGCUUACCAGGCUCCCGGCGCUUUCGGCGAGACAGGCGAUCAGAGACAGUACUCAUUCCUGAUGUACAACCAGCCUGGUUUCCGGGAUCUUACCGAUUUGAAGGUACCGGGCGAUGGCCAGGCGUUUGAUGCAGAGAAGUUUAAGAGCGACAAUGGGCUUGCGGAUCCAGUUGCAGGUGUGGGAAUGGUGGUUAAACUUAGCGGCGAGACGAGCUGUGAUGGGCAGACAGUGCCGCCGCCAUCGAAUGGAGGAAAUGCUCCUCCUGCUGCUCCCUCGGCGGCUCCUCCGGCUCCUUCUGCACCUCCUGCUCAGGGUCCUACGAGUUCAGCGGGAGGAGCGCGGCCUCAACCUACGCCUGCGCCUGCCCCAGCGCCGGGAUCGCCAGAGCCAUCCGCUGCACCAACUUCCACAUCCGCAGUACGACAAACACCAGCAGUCCCAUCUCCAUCGCCAGCUUCAUCUCCCUCAGCCGCUCAAAGCACAGCCACUUCUCAAUCCACUGGCGAUGAAGAACAAGCCGCAUCCACGAGCGCUCCGGCUUCAAGCGGCACCUCGCGCGCGCGGCCGAUCGCUACCAUCACUUCAACGGUCCUGGGCGAUGUGCCUUCAACGCUGGUACCGAGUGCACCUGGUGCGGCCGAAACAGCUUCGGGGACUGUGAGUGGGCCCCCUGUUGUGCAGACGGAUUCUGCGGCGAGUGAGUUGGAGGUGAAACUCGCGGGAGCUGUGGUGCUGGGAAGUGCUGUUGUGUUUGCGGGAUUGCUGGUAUGGUAAAUGCGUUCAGUGUGUGCUGGAAGAUGGGACGAAUUGGAUUGAGAUGGAAAAGGGGUGAAUCGACAUCUUCGCGCCGUGUACAGUAGACUCCACGCCCCCUCGGAUGAAACAGGAAUGCGAAAGAAGGGACCGUGGCAAGUCUCUUGUCCACAAAACAUGUACAACCGAAAGGAAAAGUAUAUCCCAUCAUGAUGAAAC